GCAUUGACGGUUGCCAUGGUAACGCGCCGUUUACGCUCCAGUGCCGAGGCGCCGGGCCUAGCCCCAGUCUCCGCCGGUGACCGCCCGCCAAUGGAGCAGGUGGUUUGCGACGAGAGGUUGACCAGCAAGUUGGCUCCUCUGUGGGAUGGCAUCCGUCGCGGCGAAAGAGAAACGGCCGACGGCAGUAGGACUGGGACUGGCUCUGGUUCAGGUGGAGCGGGAGAGCGGGGCGAGUGUGAAGUCGAAGAGAGAGGGAAGUCUCCGCAGCCGCAGCAGGAGAUCUGUGUUUGCGAGGAGGAUGGCGACGGGCAAGUUCCGACGGAGGCCAGGGAUGAUGCUACACCGGAGAGCAACAAGGAUCGCAUUAAAAACAAAUGCCUACUUGGGAACUGGCUGGAAGAGCGAAUGUCAGCUCCUAUAGAUCAGCAGGACGCUAAGGUCACAAAUGCUUUAGCUUUCAAGAAUGGGCAUAAAGGUCUACUUAGUAUUGAUUACUGGUCAAAAAUGUCGGACGUAACUACGUAUAAAGAAUAUUAUACUCCUCCCAGGGGACCAGUAGAACGGGAAAGAGGAAUUAAGAAAGAACUCAUUGAAAAGUACUUGCAUUACAAGAUAUGCAAGGAAGUAUAUGAUGAACAUGAAGCGAUCUUCGAGAUAAAACCGAUGGAAGCGCUGUCUGUAACACAAACAGACUUCAAAAUGGAAGGCUUUAAGUCUGUUCCAUAUCCUCCUGUUAUGCGUCAUAAUUAUAAAACUGAACAACCUAUUACAAUCUGGUCGGACAAUGUUAAGCAAGUACAGGGUGUCACUGAAAUGAAGACCGGUGAUGCUCCAUUUAGAAAAAAUACUUCAUUUACCAAACCAAUAAUGGAAGCAUUGGAUACUUAACAACAGGCUCCCAGCCAUAGAAAUUAAUCAUUUAUAGAAGUUGGAUAUACUGCAUGUAUUUUACUUUGUUAUCCUUCAGAACUUUCGUACUGAUUUAAGGGAAAAUAUCAGUUUCCAAAAAUUAUAUAAAUAAAAAUGAAAUUAGUAAUAACAUUUUAAGAGUUGGGGAAAUAUUUUUUUGUAUCAUGCACUGAAGAAUCUCAAUGCUGUCUGCCCAGUGAAUUACAUAACAGUAUACUUCCAGCCAACAGUUUGUACCCAUUAAAGAUAUUGGCUAGAGCAUUAUACACCAUCACCUUAUGAUCUUCUGCCAAUUGAUUUUCAUAUUAUCCUAUUGGUAUUGCAUUUUAUAAAAUUUUGGCUGUAUGAUUUUAAAAUAUUCUGUUAUCUACAAUGUAUUAGAACAAAUAGACCAGAAAACUGAUAAUAGAAAUUAAAAAAAUGAUGGAAACAUU